AUGUUCAAACGAUUAUGCGGAUGCUGUAGCCGAGGCGCUUCACCUAGUGAAGAUGUGAUUCGAGGUGAAGAGGAGCGGCGGUUACGAGCCAACGAUCGUGUCUUCAAUUCUCAAUUCAAAUAUGCGGGUAACUUUAUAAAAACGUCUAAAUACAAUGCUAUUACAUUUAUUCCGCAAAAUUUAUUCGAGCAAUUUCAACGGAUAGCAAAUUUCUAUUUCUUAGUCCUUAUGAUAUUACAGUUUAUACCUCAAAUAUCGUCUAUAUCAUGGUAUUCAACAGCUAUACCAUUAGUUAUCGUAUUAGCGUUCAGUGCUGUCAAAGACGGCUAUGAUGACAUGCAACGGCAUAUCUCCGAUCGGAAUGUCAACGGUCGGAAGUCAUUCGUGGUACGAAACGGCCAUCUGAACGAGGAAGAAUGGGCAAAGGUCAAAGUAGGAGAUGUCAUCCGAAUGAUGAGUAAUCAAUUCGUCGCGGCAGAUUUGCUGCUGCUUUCGACAUCUGAACCUCAUGGCAUUUGCUACAUUGAAACCAAAGAGUUGGACGGUGAGACGAAUCUGAAAACCAGAGGAGCCAUACCCGAUACUGCUGAAAUGGGAGACGAUCUUGACGCUAUCAGCAAGUUCAAUGGUCCGUUCCCUACACAGUUUCCUAUUAUUGUUCGUAAUUCAAAAAUGUGA